GUUACUCUGCUUUAUUUCCUUAUUGUUUUUUUUUUCUUUUUUGAUGUGACUUCUGCAUGGAACACUUGUCAGUUCUCAAAUUUGUUGCUGUUUUCAACUAUUGGAACAUUCUUAUUACCAAAUUUUCAACUGUUUGAACGUACCUAUUACUGACCUUGCAAAUGUCAAAUUAUAUGGCUUCUAAGAUAACUGUGCAGUUUUCUUUUACUCCCCUCUCCGUUUUGACAUAUUUGCUUGGUGGAUUUUUUUUUUUGGAAAGAAACAGCUUUUUAUUGAAAAAGCAAAAAACAAGUUACAAGGAGUCUGCUUUAAAGAUCUAAAAAGGGAAUCUAGGCUAUAGGCUUAGCAUCUCGACUAAUAAUACUAAUCAAAGCUUAGGGGCUUAUACUACAGCUGCUUGCCAGUUAAGAAUAAUGGAAGAAAGAUUAUAAUCCUUGAAUUCCUUAGAAAUAGAAGCCCAUAAGGAUCCCCAAAACUUGACGCUCUCCCACAGGUCUUCCCUCUCCACCCCUCCAUAGUUUUCAAAUAGUCUUUUAUUUCUUUCCAUCCAGACCACCCAAAUUACAGCUAGCACUCCACAACCCCAAAGGGUUCUGGCCUUUUUCCCUUUACCAAAAGCUAUAGGGUUUUCUCUUAGCAAGUCACUUCUCUCUAAUGGAGUUGUCCAGUCCACUCUUGCCUCCCUAAAUAACUUUUUCCAUAAGAAAUUAGCCACUUCACAAUGCACAGAGACAUGAUCAGCAUUUUCCCCUAAAUAACUUUUAUUUUAAUUUUAUUUUUCCGAUGCACAUAUUUUGCUUGGUUUCUUACCUUCUUUUACAGCAAUUUGUUUUUAUAUUGAAACAAUAGCUAGAUAUUAUAUGGCCCCAUUUAUUUUAAAAAUAAUAGUGAGAUAUUAUGGAUAUUUUGUUGUUUGAGAAUAGGUCACCCUCACUGUACAGGUUGAUGUACAAUACCAAUUUUUUCCUCGAUUCAGUACUUUUGAUCUGGUUUGUUAUACGUACAAUUAAAAUCACCCUCAGUGUACAGGUUGAUGUACAAUACCAAUUUUUUUCUCGAUUCAGUACUUUCGAUCUGGUUUGUUACUUUGCAUAAGAUGAUUAUAGAGUACUUUGUAUACUGAAGAUUAGAAAGAAAAGUCACACUGUUCAUUGGUUUAGUUUUUAGCUUACAGUCUACUUUAAUUCUGUCGGCUUUGAUGGCCAGAAAUGAUGGUGUUUGGAGCAAAGAUCACAUAACUGCUCUGCGUAAAAUUUGUCCAAUGGUCAGUAGUGAGAUCAGCUCUGAGGCUGCUGCAGCUGAGGUAGAGGGAUAUGGUGCAUCAAAACUUACUGUUGACUCUGCCGUGAAGUACCUACAACUCGCAAAUAAGCUCUUUUCUCAAGCUGAACUUUUUCAUUUCUGUGCAAGCAUUCUGGAACUUGUUAUUCCAGUUUAUAAAAGCAGGCGGGCAUAUGGACAGCUGAGCAAAUGUCACACAAUGCUUACUAAUAUAUAUGAAUCAAUCCUUGAGCAGGAAUCAAGCCCAAUUCCAUUCACUGAUGCAACAUGCUAUAGGGUAGGGUUUUAUGGUGAUAGAUUUGGAAAAUUAGACAGAAAGGAAUAUGUAUACAGGGAGCCACGUGAUGUAAGACCAGGUGACAUAAUGGAGAAACUUAGCCAUAGCUACGAGUCUAGUAUGGAUGGAAAUCACACCUUACACAUCAUUCCGGGUUCUAGGCAGGUAAAGGCAGAUGAGUUGCAGUCUGGAGUAUGCUAUUUUCAGAUAACUGCUGUUGAUCCAGUCAUGGAAGAUGAAGAUUUGGGAAGCAGAAGGAAGAGAAUCUUCUCUCUUUCAACAGGAAGUGUUCGUGCCCGAGUCUUUGACCGCUUUUUGUUUGAUACACCUUUUACGAAAAAUGGAAAAACUCAAGGUGGAUUGGAAGACCAGUGGAAGAGGCGGACUGUUCUUCAGACUGAAGGUUCAUUCCCAGCUCUUGUUAACAGGCUUGUAGUUACUAUAUCCGAAUCGCUUGAGUUCUCCCCUGUAUAAAAUGCCAUUGGAAUGAUUGAAACUCGGACGGCUGCUCUACGUAAUGAACUUGAAGAGCCUCGCAGUUCUGAGGGGGAUCAACUCCCACCUCUCCAGAGCCUGCAGAGAAUUCUUCAAGGAAGUAUUGCAGUUCAGGUCAACAGUGGUGUUCUAAGUGUGUGCACUGCAUUCCUUUCCGGUGAGCCUGCCACACGGUUGCGGUCACAAGAAUUGCAGCAACUCAUUGCGGCUCUCCUUGAAUUUAUGGCUGUAUGCAAGCGUGCCAUCCAUGUACACUUCAGAUUGAUUGGUGAGGAAGACCAAGAAUUCCACACACAGCUUGUGAAUGGAUUUCAAUCUCUAACUGCUGAGUUAUCUCAUUAUAUCCCUGCCAUCCUGUCCCAGCUGUGACAUUAUUGUAUCAUAAUUACGGUAUCAUUGCUUCAUUUUUUGGCCUCAGUGCUGUUGUUGCUAGUGUGUCGAUUUUUCCCAUCUAGUGUGCAACAUAUUCCAUGGUUGUGACCCAUGUAUCAGCAGCAUGAAUAUUGUUUUAUAUACGCUUUAUGAAUGUUAUUGAGCUGUUUAUUUUGUAUUU